UAAAAGGAAACAAAAAAAAAAGAAAGAAAAAAGAGCAGAGAAGAUUGGAAGAGAUAGUAGUGGGGUCGGUAGGGAAGGCAUAAUUCUGUGCGACAGAAAGAAGGGAGAGAGUGAAAGCGAAACCAGGCAACGCAACCGCCUUUUCGCUUCUUCAAUCUCCAAUCUCCAACCUUGCAAUUUUCUUUUUUAUUUUUUAUUUUUUAUUUUCAGUUCUAUUAGGGUUCCUUCUCUUCUUCUCAUUUAUCGAUCACUCAGUCACGAAGAAGAAGAUGAUAGACUUCGCUCGCGUCCAGAAGGAGCUCCAAGAAUGCACUAAAGACAUCGAGGCUUCUGGUAUUAGAGUCACCCCUAAAGCCGAUAGUCUUUCCCAUUUGCUCGGCAUCAUUCCUGGUCCUAUCGCUACUCCUUAUGAGGGUGGAACCUUCCAAAUUGAUAUCACAUUGCCAGAUGGGUAUCCAUUUGAGCCCCCCAAAAUGCAAUUUGCUACAAAAGUCUGGCACCCUAAUAUCAGUAGUCAAAGUGGUGCAAUUUGCCUGGACAUUUUGAAGGAUCAGUGGAGCCCAGCACUCACGCUGAAGACAGCCCUGCUUUCUGUGCAGGCAUUGCUAUCUGCUCCUCAACCUGAUGAUCCUCAAGAUGCUGUCGUAGCUCAACAGUAUCUUAGAGACUACCAGACUUUUGCUGGCACAGCACGAUAUUGGACAGAAACUUUUGCCAAGACGUCAUCUCGUGGGGUGGAAGAAAAGGUUCAGAAACUUGUGGAGAUGGGAUUCCCGGAGGCUCAAGUAAGGAGCAGUUUGGAAGCUGUGGGUUGGGAUGAAAAUUUGGCUUUGGAAAAGCUCUGUUCCGGCUAAAUUCUCACUCGGCCACCUACGAAACAUAGGAGUACAUACUUGAUCCAAAGGGUCGCAUUUAUAUUAUAGUUUUUUUAAAAAAAAAUUUAAAAUUUUAAUUUCUGUUUCAAGUUGCUAUGUCCUCAUUUUUAAUGUGGAGGGUCUCCUUAACCUGUCCCCACCAAUUCCCCUAUCAUUUCUCUUCACGGAUCUCGCAUCAAGUUCUGAUCUGCUGUUGAGUUUCAGUUUUCAUUACUUAUUUAAUUCAAAGUUUCUUUUCUUAAUUUGAAAAAGUA